AUGGCGGAACCAGUCGCAAACGGCUCGCUGCCCACGGACGGUCAGGAUGUAGAGAUGAAGGAGGAGACCUCCACACCAGCAGCGUCAGCACUCCACGCAGUCCCCGACCAGCCUACGACAACCACCGCUACCGACGCUAUGCUCGCUCCAGCUGCCGCAGCGACACCACCGGCCCCUUCAGCAUCUGCAACAAGGCCUGGCUCGAUGCCCCCACAGCCGGUCGCAAAGCCAGACAAACCGGUGGCUCAUGGUGGGCCGACCCGACAGUACCUCAACCAGAAUGUGACACCUCAUUUGCUGGAAGCGAUGAAGCAUCUGGCAGCCUAUGAGCCCGAGAAGCCGCUGCUUUGGCUGUCAGAAUUCUUGAAGGAUCGCAGCAGAGAGGUGGAGGGUGGCGGAUCUUGA